AUGUACACACUCGACUUUGUAAGUGAGGGAAAGUACGUCCUUCGGGUAGGUGACUUGUGCGGUAAAUACUACGUACCUGUGGCGUUGCCAGGGAGGUAUAGAAGUAAUGUAGAGGAUAUAGAAAAUAUAUUGUACAUAUGGAUGAACAAAUUUGAUAAAAUAAAAAAAAAUAAAAAAAUAAAAAAAAAGGAAGAUGAAGAAGAAGAAGGAGAAGGAGAAGAAGGUGAAGAAGGAGAAGGAGAAGAAGAAGAAGGAGAAGGAGAAGGAGAAGGAGAAAAAGAAAGUUGCAAAGAUUUAUAUUUAUUUAGUUGUAUAUUUAAAGAAACUAAAUUUUCAUUAAUAUUAACAAAAUCAAGAUAUGAAAAAAACUUUUGUGUAUGGAAAAUAUUAUGGUGUGCAUGGCAAGAUAUAUUGAAAAAAAGCUUUGAAAAAAAUGACAAUAAAUAUUUUAAAAUGUAUAAAAAAAAUCUUAUUAUUUUUCAAGCUGGUUGUAUUUACUUAAUGUUUUUAUUAUAUUUUUGUCAACAUGUAGAAGAACAUGAAUUUCCUUAUCCGUUAUAUUUAUCACCAGAAAUUGUUAAUCGUUGUUUAGACAUAACGGAACAGUGUGAAAGUUUAAAUAUAUUUAAAGAGUUAAGAUUUAUUUUAAAUUUUAUGUUUGAUACAAACUCCAUUAUAUUAUGUUGUAAUAAUAAUUUAAAUGAAACUUACCAGGAUAGGUAUGGUGCUCCUUUAUAUAUUGAGAAGAGCAAAUUGGGUGUUGAGAACGCUACACAGAUUAAGGAUGUACAUAUUACUAAUAUCUAUAACCAUAUGAACGACCAGUUGAAAGAUUUGUGUAAGUUAUGCGAUAAUCAAAGAUGGAAGAGCACACAUAGUAACACCUCCACGUAUAAUCUUCUCUUUAAGCUGGAGCUUCUAAAGGACGUUCUGAAUGAGGAUAAUUUGUGGUGA